CGUUCGAUUCACUUAGCGGAGUCGUUUAGACAGACAGAUUAAAAGCAAACACAAUGUUCGAAAAGUGAAACCGGUUUUCUUUGAAGCUCUACAAUUGUUUGUUGGACUCUCUCUUUUUUUUUUUUUUAAAUCCAAACUAUGGGCUCUAUUUGAGUUUUCAUCCGAAACACCGCCCUGUCUUGUUCUCCAAAACAAAUGAAUCGAAACUCCCAAUUCCAGAGUCGUUUGCCUGUGCAAGCCUUGUUUAUCAUGUGAGGUCGUUUCAUGUGCCAUCAGUCGCGGUGAAACCUGAGGUCGUGGGCCGGCGAUGACGGCUCCGGUGUACUUCGUCGACGGCUCUCCGCUUAGAGAUCCGCUCUUCACAGCCGUGAUCAGCGAAAGGAUGCGGGUUCCCGAGCGACUCCGGGUCCCUCAGGCGGCGGCGGAGGAUCUGAAAGCCAGGGCUGAAGAUCUUCCUGCUGCCUUCAGCAUGCACGUCCCUGACAGACUGGCACUAACAGAUGCUCCUGACCUGAGUCCACGGCCCCUCUUCUCCCAAAACAACGCUAGAGGUCACGCGUCUUCCGUGUGGAACCUGCAGUACGGCCCCUGGGAUAGGCAAGCGUACCCACGAGAGCACGUUCAGAGUCCGCUACGGAGAUCGAACAGCGACCAGACUUUCGGUAGGACCCCACGUGGGACGCCAACGCACUCCAAACACUCUUCUUCAUCCAGCCAGAACGCUGGAACGAUGCCCGCCGUACCCACGGACUCGGCCCUGCCUGUUCCCCAGGGGUUCGGUGCUAUUGCCCCCGUCCUCCUGACACCCCAGAGCUUCCUGCAAGCCGCCAGGGAGCUGGGCAAGCAAGCCUCGCACAGAAUCCUCCAGACUGUCAGUCAGAAAUACUCCUCCAGGUUCGGUUUCCCAGAAAGUCCUCCGCCUCAGCCAGUAGAAGAUCACGCUGAUCAGGCCAGGAAAAGCACCACACAGGAGUUCUGGCGCAGUCCUGAGGAGGAGAGCGGAACUACAGUCGAAUUAAUAGUGCUGCGCCGCCAGAUGAUGAAGAUGAACAGACGGAUAGCAAAUCUGGAGAAACAGAACGCUGAACGCAGGCAGAGCGAACUGAUAGUCUUCUCCGUGCUGCUUUCUGCCUGUCUGAUCAAUGGCUGGCUCUGGAUGCGCAAAUAAACCCGCAGAGCCCUCUGGGAGAUCAGCCCAAUUCACCCGUGUCCUCUCCGGCAACACUAACACCUGCGAUUUAACUGUGCACUUAAUACAGCACUGGGCAUAGGAGCUCACUGUGACCUGAGGUAGGUUCGAAUCAGGAGUGCUGCAGGAGCGUAAGAGCGAGCUCAACCUGCGAGUUGGAGGAAUUUUGCGAAGGUCACAAGAAGAAGCUCUCUCAUAUCCGGCGUGUCCCGUUAUAACGCCGUCUCAGACGGCGAAUAUAACAGAGUGCCUUCGUUUAUUUAGUUUACUUUGAAGAUUCUGACUGGGACUGUAAAGUGCAGCUGAUCACAUUAGAUAUUCUAUCAUAAUUUAGACUUUAGAUCAUUAGGGGUGUCACAGUUGGUCACUGCUCAAGUCUGGACGCUUACCUCAUUAUUGCCUUUUUCCAAAAUGAAACACAUUUCAAUCCGUUUGUUUUUUGUGUGUUUUUUUUUUAAUUAAAUUUUAUUUAUUUAUUUAUUUUUAAUCUAGCGGUUGGUUCUUGUGCUUUUUAUGCCCAGCUACAACGCCCCAAAAACAUCUCGACCCCUUUCCUCCAUCUGGACUUAUCAUACUACAGCAAUGCUGUUUCUCAGCACAAGGGGGUGCUGUGUUAUAUUGAUGUUAUAAUGAUUGUACAUGUUGUCCCAAAAGUCUUCAUACAUAACACCUUAGCUAAAUUUUUCCUACUUAGUUUAUAUUAUACAUACACACACACACAUUAUAUCUAUAUCUAUAUCUAUAUCUCUCUCUCUCUCUCUCUCUCUCUCUCUCUCUAUAUAUAUAUAUAUAUAUAUAUAUAUAUAUAUAUAUAUAUAUACACACACACACACACACACACAGUCCCUUAUGUGUGGAGACUUUUGGGACACCCUGUAAUUUCUUGUUUUUUCAUCUCAGCAUCUUUCAGCUUCCGACGUUUACGUAUGUUUAUAUUACACAUCCUGACAGUGUUUUGGGCCGUUGUGACCGGGCACAAAAAGCACGAGAACCAAUCACAAGGUAAAAAAAAAAAAACCCUUUCGAAGACUAGAAAAGGAUGUGCAUAGAGACAUUAGCACAGAGAAUUUCGUAAUAAAUCUUUGCUUUCAUUUUCAUCUUUAAAUGAACGAUUAACCCUGAAACCGUGAUAAUCUAGUCUAGACAAUAAUCAUAGUAUCAUUUCACACUUUAACACUCACUACUAACUACUAAGAUAUGCUCUGGGUUUAAAAAAAAUAAUAAUAAUUUAUCGUAAAAAUGCUCAUUUUGAGCAAACAACAAUUUGAACAGGUUUUUUCACUCUUUGAACAUGCACUUGUGCUUUUAUAUCUAUAACGCAUGAAUUGUAAUGUUUCAGCUGACCGUUUGUUUACGACACUAUAGUGACGUAUGGGAUUUUUCAAACAAAACAAAAGAAAACAACGACUGAUUGUUCAGUAUAGUUAUUUAUUGAAAAAAAAUUCAAUAAAAAUUUCAUGAAGGUGGGGGGGGGAGAGAGAAAAGAAAGAAGUAAAAUGUUAUUUGGAACAUGUUCUGGAGUACAACCCAAAUAAUAAAAAGUUCAAAACUGCAGAUGAAACGGUAUGAGAUGAAUUUUGUGAAAACAAAACAAAAAAAAGUCUUUGAUUAAAGAGAAUACAAUUCCGUUACAAACGAAUGAUUGUACAGUAAUAAAUGUUGUCAAGCAGCAACUUUGUGACAAAAACCAAUACUCGGGAAUUCAAAGAACACGUUCCUCGCUUGGAGGAGCGGAGAAAACGAUCCAUCACUGGCCCAAAGUGGGAGACGACGUACAUAACUCGAGACGAAACGUUUCGGAGUUUGUCCUGAGCUGGACUACAACACAUUCUUGUUUUGUUUUCAGCAACAAAAAGUAGCAAGACCACCGAGACGGACAGAACGACGAUGCGGACUUUAGGUGGGGACCGUCGGGGAAACGGCGCGAAUAAUCGCCGCACGUUUCCAUUUCCGCCAUUUAAAAUUUAAAGCGCGAGCAGCUAAUACGGACGUUACGUACUUCGCCACGUGUACGUUUCAGACGGGGACGUCACGAAAGUCUCGAGUUUGUCCCAAAACGGGGCACGGUUCGAGAAGCGAAUUUUUGCCGGUCCGAUUCCGAUUUUCCGGAACCGUUUCGCGCGCUUCUAAACGACGGCCAGGGAUCCCACCCAAAACCUCGAAAUCCGCCGCUCUCGGGUCCAUUGUCCGCGCACAAACAUAGCUAGAGGUGUUGUACGGAAUGACUUUUUUUAAGUAACGUUUUCGUGUACAAGGCACAAUUUUUGACAGUGGUUGGUAUAACGGUGCUGGAAUGAUUAUUUAUAUCCUCAUUAAAGAGAGAGAACUUCUACACGUGGCUCAAACGACCGAGGAAACGUACGGAUAAAAACCUGUGCAGGAAAUGUCAAGUACCAGUUUUAAAUAAUACAGAACAGGUAUUUCCCAGAUGUUUCACGCUGAAGACGUCUAUCCACACACACACACACAUAUCCACUUGCUUUAUAAAAGUAAUAACGCAAGAAUGCAAGCGCACAUUUCAUAUAGUUUGUGGGUUUUCUCUUUUUUUGGGGGGGGGAUCAACCAAUUACUGAUUUCUUUGGAUGUAAUUCAAAUAACGUGCAUUAAGUGUGAGGUCAUCUCACUGGCUCAUGAAUUCCAGUUUGAACGGAUGUUUACGCAGAGGUGCCAACAUUUACUUUGUGACUCGUGUUGUGAGGUUUGUUUGUCCCCCCCCCCCCCCCGCUAGGAUUUUGUUUGCGAGCGACGUUGGCACCUGUGUUCAAGACACACCGUUGUAUAUUAAUAUGAUCACAACUGGGUAAUCGUGCGUUCGGCUAGAACGUAAUAAGACGAACACGCUUACGCUGAAUUCACGACGACCGAGGACUCGGGGGAAUUUUCAACUCGGAACCGCCUACUCCGCACAUCAGGGCGAACAGACAUGCAUUACGGGGCUGUGUCAUCUCCUUAUCUAAUCCAAAAAUAACAUGAUCAAAUAUAACCCCAAUAAAAACCAGAGCAGAAAUUCUAAUGGUUUCCACUACAAAUACUAUUAAAAUCCAUCAGCUGUUAACUCUUAAAACCAUUACCAAAUGGUUUCCAUUACGUAGUAGGACGUAUUAAUGACGUACGUCCUUAAUGGUGUCCGCUAGACAUAAAUAUGCCACGAAUAGAAAACAAACGACCAGUAGAGUCCCACAUGGACCAUUACAGUUUCCGUUAUAACCAUUACAAUUUCUGCGUGAGGGUUUCUGUUGUUUUGGGCUGGGGUGGUUUUUUUGUUUGUUUUUUCCCCUUUCAGUAUUUAGAGAUUUCAAAAUAUAAAAAAAGUCUUUUCUCUACGAACGCCACGUCGAAGCGACGUCACAGAAUCGCAACUCGUAGCUCAUCUCGAAACACGUUCCGAGUAGGAAUUACGAGUUGGAGAGCCGUUCAAACAGAUCGUUCCCAACUGGGAAGUUGGAAACUUCCCAUUUCUCACUUGGUCAUGAAUGCAGCAUUAUGUUCAUGGAAAUUUAAGGCACAGCCCAGAUUUGUCAAAAAAAAAAAAAAUUUAUAUAUAUAUAUAUAUAUGCACACACUCAUAACUAUAGACAGUAAGAGGUAUUUCUCUUUCAUGGAGUCAUUUUAACAUUUAAUUUAAUACAACAAUUGCAAAUAUAAUAAUACACUGACGGUAUAUUUUCAGUGCCUUGAGAUAAACAUAUGAUGAUGACCAAAUUUUGAACAUUCCUGGAUUUGGAGGGAAGGGGAAAAAAAGAAAAGAAAAAGAAAUGAUAUGAACUGUUUAGAGGAUAGAUUUUAAGACAAUGUCAAGAACCCACUGAGCAAAACAAACAAACAAACAAACAAACAAACAUAUAUGACAUAUUAAUCGGCUUAAUUUAGCAGACCAACCAUUUCAAUCCAGCUGUUUUUGCCCAGUGGAACAUAAUUCGUUAACGCCUCUUUUUUUUUUUUUUUUUUAAUGACACGUAUACAAGGUGUGCAUUCUCUCUGUUGUCCUUUGGUCAAAAGCGAAAUGUAUAUUGUGAACUCCCUGGAAUUUCUCACACGCUACACGUCAUACUACACUGUAUAUAACAGACAACGUCAAUUACAGUAACCCUCGUGUCGAAGAGAAAAAGAAAGUCUGAAAUGGGGAGAGACGUGGAGACCGUGACGUAUGAAAUGACUGCUGGUGUUCACCACGGCAUGAGGCGUGGCGAGGUUUGUGCACAGUGACGCUCCCGCAGCUCGAAUGGAAAGAAGGACACUUGCUGGUCCAAACCCACCCCCCCCAAAAAAAACAAAACCAACAGAUUGACUCACAUCACAUGCGUACACACACCCAAAACCAGUUGGGUUUUUUUCUUUUCUUUUUUUCUUUUUUUUUUUUUUUUUUUUUUUUUGCAUACA